AUGGGCAACGUGACGUCGAAGAAGAGCGGCCGACGCCACUCGGCGGCAACGCGCGAGCUCGAGAAGUACACGAAGCCCACGGGACUGUACCCGAGCUGUCCGUGGGAGCUCAAGACGGCGCGCCGUCUGAUCGUCGAGCGCAAACUGGCGCCACGUUUCCACGGCAAAGAGACGAAGGACGAGGGGUUCACACUCGAGUGCCCCAUCUGCUUUAUGUUCUAUCCCGGGAGCCUCAACACGUCGAGCUGCUGCAAGAAACCGAUCUGCUCCGAGUGCUAUCUACAGAUCCGACCGCCACGCAAAUCGAUUUCCUGUCCCUUUUGCAAUCACGAAGCGUUUGCUGUCAAGUACACGCCGCCGUCGCCGACAGAGGUCACCCCGAUCCGCUCUGUGCCGAACGUGAGGUCCCCGCGUCGAAGCAGCGCGAUUGGCAUUCCCGAGCGCGCAGAACCAAAGCACACUAAGACUUCAAGCCCGCAUGGUGUACACUACGCGUCAGUGGAAGAUCGCGACCGCAUUCGCGACUCGCUUCGCUCGCAGCUUCGUAUCAGCGACAAGCCUGUGACCAACAGUCCGCACCCGAACAGCAUCGCCGCGCUGAACGACGCAGCGUCCCGCGUUGCGACAACGUCUGCAGACGCUGCACGGCUGGAGGAGCUGAUGCUUUUGGAAGCUAUCCGACGUUCAAUGCAAGACCUCAGCGUCGAUAAAAAGGACGAAGAACGGGGGAAGUGGGAGAGCGUGCAGUUGCCGACACGUACAAGUGGAGACGACGGCGAAGGUCGCGCCUGCAACGACGAACGCGCGAACGUUGCGGUACUGAGCACAUCUCAAGCCCGCGUGAACACCCGUGGUGCGGUGCAUUGUCCGCCCAACUCUUUCAGCUCCACCUAUCGCAAUAGUGCUACAGCCCCGUUGCAGUCGUCGACCGCUCCGAGUCGGUAUCGCGGCAGUAGUUGA